UUGAACCGCCGUUUUCGUUUGAAUCGGGCGGGCGCGGCGGGUAGCCUUGGCGCGGAACCGCCUUGGCGGACACUCCGAACGGGAAGGCGGGCUGCGGGCGGCGGGCGGCGGGUGGCGGGCGGCAGGCGGUGGGCACCAGGGACGCGAGCGGCGGGAGUGCGGGUCGGGGCGGAGCGAAGGCCACGGGUGGCCGUGGUCGGUCCUCCGCGGCUGAGGAGCCGAGGGCUCUGACGCGGGCUGCACCCGGUGAGCGGCGGAUAGAGCUGGAGUAGACCAGCUGAGGAGCGGCCCGGCGCGGGGGCCCUGCGAGCUUCCCUGGGAGGCUACUCCGCCCUCGGGCGCAGUCACUGGCUCCGGACUGACGGCCAGGCGGACCAUGGCGUCCUCGGCUCGCCUGGUCACCAUCAAGCGGAGCGGCGAAGACGGAGCACACUUCCCGCUGAGCCUCAGUUCCUGCCUGUUUGGAAGGAGUAUUGAAUGUGACAUUCGUAUCCAGCUGCCUGUAGUGUCAAAAAAACAUUGCAAAAUUGAAGUCAAAGAGCAAGAGGCAACAUUAUAUAAUUUCAGUUCUACCAAUCCAACGCAAGUAAAUGGGGCUACUAUAGAUGAGCCUGUGAGACUGAGACAUGGAGACAUAAUAACAAUCAUUGACCGCUCCUUUAGAUAUGAAGAUGGAAGUCAUGAGGAUGGAAGCAGGUCAACAGAAUUUCCAGGAAGGUCACUUGGAAAGGAACCAUCACGGCGAGCCUCAAGAGACAGCUUCUCUGCUGACCCUGAUGGGAAAGGUCAAGAUACCAAAGCUUUGAAAAUGACUGCUUCAAGAAGAUCUUUUGUUCAUGCCAAGGGCCUCUCCACAGAUAGUCCUGCCUCAGAUGGCUCAAAGGACAGUGUUACCCAAGAUUCAUCAGGGCCUGUAGAACAGCACAAUCGCAGAAACAUAGGAGAGCCCACUUGUGGGGAUCUCGUUAAGAAGUCCAGGGCUACAGGGAGCACUUACAGGGAACUGACGCUUUCUCCUGCACAGAGCCUUAGCAACAGCAACAAAAAGGAGUCUCCCUUUAAGAAACUUUAUCAAUCGAUGAAGGAAGAGUUGGACGCAAAAUCACAGAAAUCUUGUAGAAAAUCAGAACCCCAAUCGGCCCGUGCAGCAGAAGAACCUUGGGAGACACAGCUAGUGGUGUCAUGCAAAGCAAGACCAAAGUCUAGUGGAAGCACUCCUGUCCUAGUGACCUCUUCACCCAAACCAGGAAAGCUCUGGACUGAGAGAUGGAGCGGUGGGAGGGGGCCUGUUCAGACUUCCACAGAGACAGCUAAAAUGAAAACCCCUAUGCAGAAUCCUCAGCAACUUAAGGAGGAAGACUUUCAUGUUACUGGCAGAAGAAAUUCUGUGAAUCCAGAUGAAGGUGAAAGUGCCCAGGCAGUUCACAAAAUAGUCACUCCUGGGAAACUGGCAGUUCAUAAAAUAGUCACUCCUGGGAAACUGGUAACUAGAAACCAAACUGCCGUGAAGGCUGAAGAUGUUGCCAGCCCUGCUGAUACACCAGAAAAUUCCUCUUCCAAAAAGAGAAAAAGUACUCCUGCAAAGGUAGAGGUUCCAUCUGCAGAGACGCAAAAGUGGCUUUCUUUAACUCAGAGCCUUGUUCCUGGUGAAAAGAAAAGUCCCAAGAAUUCCUUCAGCAAGCCUGAGAAAUUGACCACAGCAGAAGAACAGGCUUGCUCUGGACUACCUGGUCUCAAUUCUAUUGAUAUCAGCAACUUUGGUGACUCUCUUAACAAGAGUGAGGGAAUGCCUUCAAAAAGAAGACGUGUAUCCUUUGGUGGUCAUUUAAGACCUGAAUUAUUUGAUGAAAACUUGCCUCCUAAUACACCACUCAAAAGAGGAGAAACGCCAACCAAGAGGAAGUCUCUUGGCACUCACAGUCCAGCCGUCCUGAAGAAAAUCAUCAAGGAACGGCCUCAGUCUCCAGGGAAACAUGAGUCUCCUGGAAUAACUCCACCGAGGACAAAUGAUCAAAGGCGCAGAUCAGGCAGGACUUCACUUCCUUCCAGUGGAAGCAAAUUCGUAUGUGAGACAGACGUUCCCAAGAAAGCAGGCAGGAAGAGCGGCACCCUGCCUGCGAAGAGAGCAUCCAUCAGCAGGAGUCAGCAUGGCAUUCUACAGAUGAUUUGCUCCAAAAGGAGGAGUGGUGCUUCCGAAGCCAACCUGAUUGUUGCAAAAUCAUGGGCCGAUGUUGUAAAACUUGGCGUGAAACAAACACAAAUGAAAGUUGUGAAACAUGUCCCUCAAAAGCAGACGAGCAAAAGACAAAGAAGACCCAGUACUCCAAAGAAACCCACAAGCACCCUUCACAAUCAAUUUUCUACAGGCCAUGCAAACUCACCCUGUACCAUUAUAGUAGGGAGAGCGCAGAUUGAGAAAGUAAGCGUGCCUGCCCGACCCUAUAAAAUGUUAAACAACUUGACGCUAAACCGAAAAGUGGACUUCAGUGAAGAUCUGUCAGGACUAACUGAAAUGUUCAAGACUCCAGUAAAGGAGAAGCAGCAGCAGAUGAGUGAUACGGGCUCCGUUCUUUCCAAUUCAGAUAAUUUGUUUGAAAGACAGUUGCAAGUAACUAAUUCAGGAGACACACCCCUGCCCAACACCCCAGAGAUUUUGGGAGAAAAAGUGCUCUCCAAUACUCAGAAUGAAGCAAAGCAGCAAUCUGAUAGAUAUUCUGCAAGUCCUGCCUUAAGACGGCGGAGCAUCAAACGUGAAAACACAGUGCAAACUCCUAAGAAUGCCCAUAACAUUGCUCCCCUUGAGAAGAAGACUCCAGGCUCUGAGACAGAGCCUCUGAAGACUGCAUUGAGUAUGAGCAAGUUAAGGAGAUCUAGAGAGCUCAGACACACCCUUGCAGAAAGUAUGAAUGAAAAAACAGAACCAGUCCUUGCUGAGAGCAUCACAGGAAGACAUUUAAAGAAGACAUUUGGAGGACAAGAAGUGGAUCAACAGGUGCAGGACAGUAGAAACUCUUCACAAAGAUGCAAGGAAAAUGGUGAAUUAAAUGAAGGUUCAGAAAAGACAUCAGCUAGGAGAUCAAGUGCCAGAAAGCAGAAGCCAACAAAAGACUUAAUAGGAAGUCAGAUGGUCACCCAAACAGUGGACUAUGCUGAGAAACUACUUAGUCAAGAACAAAGAGCCAUACAGAACCUAGAUUUAGCAGUGAACAUGCAAAACACAUUAAUAAGUGAUGAUCAAGGAAUUACAAAACAGAAAGUGAACAUAGCAACCAAAGAGAAGUUCUGGCCAAAGACCCCUAGCAAAAUGACACAACCUCUAGAAAGCCAAGCUGGUCUCAAAACAAGUACGAAGCCACGGAGCAGCACGCCUGGGAAGAAGGUAGACGUGGAGGAAGAACUCUGUGCUCCCACAAAGCUUAUAUAUAUGUCAGGGAAGACCAGGCAUACUUCCAAAGUUCUAGAACGUGAGCGUGGGGAUAUCAAAGAUUUGAAGCAAUGUGAAAAUGAAAUGCUGGCCCCAACAGUAAGUGGAAGCAAGAGGGCUUUAGAAAAAGCUAAGGAAAAGGCUCAGCCCCUGGAAGACCUGACUGGUUUCCAGGAACUCUUUUUAUCACCAGUUCCUGGUGACAAAGUAAGAAAAAUGUCCAGCAAAUUUUCACACACAGAACCAGUCAGAACCCCAGCAAGCACAAAGAGACUGUCCAAGACAGGUCUUGCUAAGGUGGAUGUGAGAGAAGAGCCUUCAACACUUGAGAAAAGAACAAAGUCACCAGGCAGAGCCACAGGCACACCAGCACCAGUGCAGGAAGAAAAUGAGAGCACAGCCUUUAUGGAAACUCCAAAACAGAAACUGGAUUUCACAGGAAAUUCAACAGGACAUAAGAGGAGGUCACGGACACCUAAGAACAGAGUUCAGCCCCUAGAAGACCUGGAUGGCUUCCAAGAACUCUUCCAAACACCAGCUGGUGCCAGUGACCCACUGACUGUUGAUGAAAGUGCAAAGAUGUCUUUGGAAUCUUCACAAGCAGAACCAGUCAGAACCCUGACAAGCUCAAAGAGACUUUCCAAGACAGGUUUUGGUAAGGUGGAUGUGAGAGAAGAGCCUUCAACACUUGGAAAAAGAACAAAGUCACCAGGCAGAGCCACAGGCACACCAGCACCAAUGCAGGAAGAAAAUGACAGCACAGCCUUUUUGGAAACUCCAAAGCAGAAACUGGAUUUCACAGAAAAUUUAACAGGACAUAAGAGGAGGUUACGAACACCUAAGAUUAGAGUUCAGCCCCUAGAAGACUUGGAUGGUGUCCAAGAACUCUUCCAAACGCCAGCUGGUGCCAGUGACCCAGUGGCUGUUGAUGAAAGUGCAAAGAUGUCUUUGGAAUCUUCACAAACAGAACCAGUCAGAACCGUAGCAAACACAAAGAGACUGUCCGAGAGAGCUCUUAGUAAAGGGGAUGUGGGAGGAGCACUCUCUCUGCUGAGUAAGCCGACGUGUGCAUCACAGAAAGUCAUGCACACACUUACACUUUCAGAAGAUCAUGGCAGGGAGACCAAAGAUGUGAAGGAAUUGUUAGCUCAGACAUUGGACCCAGCAGUACAUGUCACUCGUGGCAAGAGGCAGCAAGGGUCAUGUAAGAAAAGGUCCCAGUCCCAAGAAGACCUAUUUGGACUUCAGGAGCUCUUCCAAACAUCAGGCCAUAACAGGGAUUCAGUGACACUGGACAGUCUUACAAAACUUUCUGGAAGGUCUCCACCACCAGUGACAAUAGACACUUCAGUAAGCUCACGGAGACAGACUAGAACUGGCCUGAGGAAAGUUCAUGUGAAAAAUGAACUUUCAGGAGAUAUAAUGCAUCCACAAAUGUCAGGGGAAAUCAUAGACUUAUCUAGAGAGCCAGAAUGUGAAGACAAGGUCAUUAAGACAAGGAAGCAAUCUGUAAAGCGGAAAUUGGACACAACAGUCAAUGUGCCUGGCAGUAAGAGGCAAAGAGUUACAAGAAAAGCAGAAAAGACCCUAGAGGAUCUGCCUGGCUUCCAAGAGCUCUGCUACGCUCAAAGCUUGGUAAUGGACUCAGUUAUUGUUGACAAAACCACAAAGAUGCCCAGCAAAUCUCCAGAACCUGUGAAUACAACUUCAGAGACACAGCCAAGAAGACAACUCAGGAGACUGGGUAUGACUGAAAAGCCCAUACCACAAAGAAAGACUACAAGAGUGUUAAGGCAAACCAGAAACAUACACAAAGAGCCCAUAGGUGAUAGUAAAGGUAUUGAAGAGUUUAUGGAAUCUUCAGCACAGAAACAACUCCCAGCCAUAUGUUUAACUGGCAGGAGGAAUCCACCAAGGAGAGUUAAGGAGAAGACCCAACCCUUGGAAGACCUGACCACUUUCCCAGAGGAAACUGCCACAAGAAUGUCUUCCAAAUCUCCACAACCAGAAGAGAAGAAAAUCUUAGCAGGCUUAGAGAGGAAGCUCAAAAUACAACUAUUCAAAGUGAGUGUAGAAGGAGAGCCCACAGCACAGAGAAAGCAACCAGCCAGGGAAACCAGGAAUACACUCAAAAAGCCUGUUGGGGACAGUAUAAAUGUUGAGGAGCUUAAGAAAUCUACAAAGCGGAAAAUUGACCCAGUAGCAAGUGUGCCUGUCAACAAGAGGCCUCAGAGGGUACCCAAGGAAAAGGCACAGCCCCUAGAAUUGGCUGGUCUCAAAGGACCAGUCCAAACCAUAGGUCACACUGAGGAAUCAGCAAGUGAUAGAGGACCCACACAGAUACCCUGUAAUUCUCUACACCCAGAGCAGGUUGAUAGCCUCCAAAGCUCACCAAGACGGCCCAGGACAAGACAUGGGAAAAUAGAGGCAGACAAAGAGCCUUCAGCAGUAAGAAAGACAUCAAGGCAAGCUAUGCGAUCCCGCAAGAUCCCUGAAAUUGAUGACAAUGGUACCCAAGCUUCAGAGGCAUCCAUAAAGCAGACAUUAGAUACAGUAGACAAAGUAACAGGCAGCAGGAGGCAGCUAAGGACACGUAAGGAUGGGGUUCAACCUCAUGAAGUCCUGGGUGACUCCAAAGAAAUAACCAGAAUAUCAGAUCACUCUGAGAAACUAACACAUGACCUUAAGAGCACUGUACAGCAAAAGCCAGACUCAGCAAAACCUCUGAGAACAUGCAGAAGAGUGCUGAGGGUCUCUAAAGAGGACCCCAAGGAAAUGUUGGUGGAUACCAGAGACUCUUCAGCAUUACAAAGCAAAAGCGCCCCUUUUCUGUCCCCCAAGAGGAAGUCUGUAAGAGAUGGAAGCAUUCUGAAAACCAGGGCUUUGCGCUCUGUAACACCAAAGCAGGAAGCAACGGAUGAGAAGCUUGUACCUAAGAAUCAAAGGGCUGCUUCCAGCAAGAGGCAUUUAUCACCUGAGCCUGUGAAGAUGAAACACCUGAGAAUUGUGUCAAACAAGCUUGAAUCCGUGGAAGAGCAGGUUAGCACUGUUAUGAAAACAGAAGAAAUGGAGGCCAAAAGAGAAAACCCUGUCACUGCAGAUCAGAAAACACCCGAGUGCUCUAGGUACCGAAAGAAAAACAAUGAGAAACAGCCAAGACCCAGGUGUGAUGCAUCUGCAGAGAAGGUUGAGAUAAAGAAAAAUGAGAAGACGAUGAAGACUGUCUCCCAGGAGACAGAGCUGCAGAAUCCAGAUGACGGAGCCAAGAAGUCUACAUCUCGGGGCAAAGUCAGUGGGAAAAGAACAUGCUUGAGGUCUAGAGGACAGACUGAGAUUCCUCAGCCUUGUGAAGCAGAAGAGAAAACAAGCAAAUCAGGUGCAGAAAUCUUGACAAAGACUCAGAAAGAGAAAGGCGCCUCUGGAGAUUCAGAUGUUAGGUGUUUGAGAUCCAGAAAAACUAGAGUCACUUUGGACAGUGAACCUAAGCCAAGAGUAACUCGAGGUGCCAAGAAAGAUGCAAAAACUCCGAAGAAGGAUGAAGACAUUGUAUACACCAAGAAGUUAAGAACAAGAAGUCACCAGAAAAGUGAAACUGUGUAGCAAAGACAUUUAAGAAGGAAAAAUAAAUUUGGCUUAGUGAUAAAUUCCAGUGUGAUUUCCACCUCCAGUGUUAAGGUGAACUGUAAAUAAUACUGCCCGUGUUUAAGGAAGGAAGCUUUGGGCUUUCCUGGUCAUACUCUUUUCCAACUCCAAUGGAGAUGAUGAAGGAGAUCACCAGGGAUCUCAGAGAAUAACAUUUUAAGUGUUUGGGGUGAGCAGAAAUGUGGCCCUCUGUCCGACCCAAUAAAGCUCUAUGAAAUUUAC